GUGCCAUUCAAUAUGCUAUUCUGACAGAACACAUUCAUUUUUCGGCAAACUUGUUUUUCCAAAUUUCUACAAAAUUCCUGUUUUAAAUUUUGGGUAUUGGCCAUGUCAGAUCCCAAUGAUGAGAAUCCCGCUGAGGCAGGCGAUGCACCACCUCCAGAGGACCCACAGAAUGACCGAAACUCAGAACCUAUCUCAGACGGACGCAAUACAAAUGCCCAAGAUGACAGAAAUUCACAGCCUAACCCAGAACAACGCGACACAAAUGCCCAGAAUGACAGGCAGCCAAGUAGAAAUUUGGAGCAACAGGAUAACACAGAAGAAAAAAGGCCAACAGAUCAAGAAAGUAAAGAGGAACCAGAAGCUAAUAGGACUAUGAGUGAAAACAAGAAUGUCGAUGGCAGAGACAGUAAAAAACGGGACACAGAAAAAUCCUCCAAAAGCGAACAACCGGAGGGUAUUGAAGAUAAUGAAGUUGCGGACGAUGAGGAUUCUGGUUCAUCAAAUGUAACCUAUGCUUUCCAAAUCGUUCGAGCCGUCGUUAUCUUUGUGGUUGGCUGCAGAAUUGUUUCAGACCUAACGGAAUUUGAUCAAAAUUUAAAAACUUACAGAAAUAUUUUGACAAAACUUGAAAUCAACAUAAUGUAUUUUUAAAGACGUAAACUUAUUCAUCUCCUAACUAUAAUAUUAAUGAAAGUAAUAAUUAUAAAAACUUGCAAACGUUCGCGAUCAUCUUGAAAAGACAAAGCGAAAUCUAUCCGAUUCAGGGUUAAUUUUCUUCACGCACCUCAGUGGGCGUUGGACAAUAAGAAAACAUACUUCAAAGGCAUCCGGCGCGAUGGACGCACAUUAACCCAUUGACCAAGUUUGAGGAGCUGCAA